AAACAAGCCGUGAUGCUAACAAACCUCAAGAUGAAUUGCAGAAGUUUGAUGGAUACAACAAAUAUUAAAUCGUAGUACCCCCUUCUGGCCGCUGGAGGGCCUUCAACGCUAUCUCGCAAAUAGCAUAACAAAGCAGGCGCUGUGUAUUUGGAGUUGACAGCCAUGGCGGAUACAGGUGUCAAGAAGGAGCACACGGCAGAAGUGCCUUAUGAUGAUGAUGACGAGGUGGCUCUGGUGAGUGCUGCGACUGAUCCGGCAGUCGAUGAAGACGACCCCUCCGAGGAGGUGGACCUGGUGCUGGCCACCGGCCCCAGAGGUAAGAGUGAAGCGCAGAUGAACGGCGUCAUGGUUCUGUCUCUGCUGGACAAGAUUAUCGGGGUGGUAGACCAGAUCCAGGUGACCCAGAAUGGGCUGGAGGCCCGGCAGGAGGCCAUGGAGAAGUCCGUGUCGUCCAUCCAAGGGGAGCUGGCGAAGCUGUCAAAGAACCACGUCGGCACGACCAACACCGUCAACAAGAUGCUGGACAAGGUUCGCAAGGUCAGCGUGAAUGUGAAGACGGUACGCAACAACCUGGAGAAGCAGGCGGGCCAGAUCAAGAAGCUGGAGAGCAACGAGAGCGAGCUGCUGAAGAGACGCAACUUCAAAGUCCUCAUCUACCAGGAUCAAGUGAAGCCCCCGAAGCCCUCCAAAUCCAAGACAGCAGAGACGGUAGUCGAAGGCACAGCCGUGGAGGGCCUUGAGCAGAUACCGGAAGAGGGUAAAGACGGUCUGUCAGACAAUCUCAAUUCAGAUGAGGAGGUGGAGAUUGAAGAGAUUAUUGAGGAGUCCCGCACCAAGCGCCUCCAACGCACUACCAAGCAGCAAGUGGACAACAUAAAGAAAGCCUUCUCCAAAGAGAAAAUGGAGGAGACCAAGCUAAAGACCAAGAAGAACUUGGAGAAGACCAAGCAAAAGACCCGGGAGAAUCUGGCAAAGACAAGACAGAGGACCCGUGACAACUUGGAGAAAACUAAACACAACCUCGAGCAGAAGAUGGGCAAGCUCGGGACCCGUAUGACACCCAACACAGAGCGCAGGGCGAAGAUGAAGACCUCCAAAGACAAGGUGAAGAAGUCCCUAACCCCCGACCACACGGUCUACGCUCGCUCCAAGACAACCGUGUACCGCGUCCCGCCCUUCACCUUCCAUGUGAAAAAGAUACGAGAAGGUGCGGAGGAGGUGCUGGAGAACACAGAGAUGGUGGAGGAGACCGAGGCAGAGGGCCAGCCAGAGGGAGAGGAGAACGGGCUCGGUGUGCAUGUGGACGUGGAGGAAGGAGAGCUAGUGAGAGUAGACACCCCGGAGAUGGAGGCUCUGUUGGAAGUGACUGAGGACUCUCAGCUGGUCAGGGUGGAUCCAGACCACACAAAGUGAAUAGAGCAUCCCAGAUGUGCAGGGGGAUGAGGGAAAAGAGAAAAGGAUGAUGAGCGUAAGAGAGUUUGAUGAAUGAGUCAAAAUACAAGGACACAAUAUUAGUCACAGAGACUUUCUAGAUGUGAUCACAAUCUAUAAUAUCUAAUUUGUUUUCUGUUCUCUUUUUAUUGUACCUGACAGGGAUGACUUUCAUACUUCCUCUGCUUUAGCAUACACAUAAGUAAAACAAAACAAAAACCACACACUUAUGUUAACAGUGACACAUGCUGCAAGCAGGCUGAUUAUCUUAGAUUUGAAUAUUAAGGGUGUUUGCUGUUUGUUGUUGGUUUGAUAAAUUGAGUGGUUAUAAGACAAAAAGGAAAAAAUAGUUUCUGUUCUGUUUGUGAUGAUAGAUGUAUUAUUUCCAUAAAUAAUAUGCACAUUGUAAGGUGUGGUUACAGGAGGUGGGUGGCAGGACUUUGCAUUAAAGGAGGUUUGAAGGGAGGUUUUUUGCACAUGCCAAAAAAAAGAAUGAACAAAUUGGCAACGUUAAGGCCAUCAGUGUUGAUACAAAUUAAGACCUGAGGAAGUAGGGGUGAUAGACUGAGAAGAUUCUUUUUUGACUUGAGAGAGAGAAGCGUUAUUGCUGUCUUAUAGACCUAGUAAAUCAUUCACACUCAGGCAAUGUAGGCCAAAAUCUAAGAUAUAACUGUUAAUGUCAGCUGUAAAUUUAAUCAUAUAUGUAAAUUAACUGAUGGUAGAGGUAGAAUGUCAGAAAAGUUAUACAAGGAAGAACAUUUAUAAAUCCAACUAUCAGAAUAUUUUAACACUUACAAAUAGUACCUUACUAACACCUGUGAUUAUUUUUGGACUAUUUAUUUAAAGACGUAAUGUUUGCCCGCUUAGAAGACAUGAUAAUUACAAUAAAGAAUAUUUUUUUGUUUAGUUUUUUAAUUGAUAAAGCAUCUCUAAUCAAGAAGCACAAAGUUCUUUCCCAGGUGAAAAAUAGAGUAAACACAAGCAGCACAAAGGACAGAUGCAACAGAUAAACAAUGAAACUUUCAUCUACACAUUCAAGACAGCAUAUCAGUACCCUGUGUGUCAAUGUUUGAGCUUUGACCCUGUUUAAAGUCUCUGAAUGAUGCUUCAAAUUCAAAAAAACUUAAUUUGUCCCCGGGGGGCAAUUUAAGGCACAUACUGUAUGAGCAGCAUUGAAUACAAGAAACAGACACUUAAUUUAUAAGGAUUGAAAAAAAGAAAUAAAUUAGUUAUAAAAAAAACUAAAUUUACAGGCAACAGUAUACAUAUAUAUAUACAUAUAUACACACAUACAUAUACAUAUAUACAUACACAUACAUACAUAAUUAACCAAUGUACAAAGAAGUUAUGGUAAUUUACUUAUAUAUAUUUGUUGAAUCUGGAUAUAUUAUAUCAUCCUACUUCCACAUAGCAAACCUUUGCACAGAAGAAAGGAAAAAUUACGGUCACCAUUACUGAGCUGUAUCUAUGGUCACCAUGAUCACAGCUCAUCAAAGUACAUUUGCACAUCAUAGAUAAUCUUCCCAUGGUCAUUGCAAGCAGCAUCAUGAUGGUCUGAAGAGCAGGAAGACAGUUUAAUGACAGACUCCAUAACACAUGGAGCUGCAACACUAAUCUUAAACUCAGUCUACAUUUCAUAUGAAUGGAGUAACAUAUAAGAUCAUCUGAACAGCACGGUCCAGUUCCCAGACAUUUUGUGGAAACUGGGUGCAGUCUUUUGUACUUCUUGUGAAAUAUUUAAGGAAUGUUCACGUAGAUGAAUAAAUGUAACUCAUAAGAUGAGAUUGUGGCCUGGUCAUGCAGGAGGAAAUGAGGCUAUGAUGAGAAGAAUAGUUAUGAUCGUGAUUUAAACUUGCAAUGGAUAUGUUCAUUUUUAAAACUGUUGAUCAUGCAAGGCAUACACACAGGAGCAGGGGCUGGAGACAGGAAAAAAUGGGCUUCCAUUGUUAUCCCUGUAGCCUGUGUGUGAACAUGAUGCGGUGCAGGCCAAGGAAACCCAAAGUGUGGCAUGGAACACCAUUAAAAUAAUCAAUGAGUUGGUGAAUGCAAUUAAGGAGAGUGCUCCCUGUGAGCACUGAGCAGAGAAGAGUAAAGGGCAAUGAAAAGGGUGUGUGUGUGUGUGUGUGUGUGUUUGUGUGUGUGUGUGUGUCUGUGUUUGUAUGAUAGUGAGGAAUAAGUAUGUGCAUACCGUUUUCCCUAACAUGAAUUUCAAUAAAAGAGCAAAGUAAAUCAAGUGCAGGCCUGUGACUUCUCGCAGGAUUGUAACUGUGAUAGAUUUGUGUGCUUGACAAUAAAGAAAUCAACAUUGUCGAGCAGGUGACAACACUUGUAUUAUACACAUCCCUUUUAAGUAGAAUGUAUUCUUUUGCCACCAUGUAUAUUUUGCCUUGUUUGGAUAACACUUUGGAUAUCACUUUAAGCCUGAGGCAGGUUAUGCAAAGAUUGUAUAGAUAUUGUUUGAGAAAAAAAUACACUGCACAACACGUGACAAAAAUGCUCUUGGUGUUAAUUACUAAUUCUCAAUAAAACAAUACUUUCCUCCUCUGAUGUGCUUUAUGACUCCUUUGCUUAUCACUUCAAUGUCAA